AUGCUGUCCUACAUCGGCAUGCAAUCGUUCCGAAUCUUCGGCGCCGUUGAUCCCAAUCUGGUAGCGUUGAGCCGCAGUCUCCCCAUCUGGAUCAUCAUUUCGAUUGUCCUCCUGGUGCUCUAUUUCACGACACAGCAAGACAUCUCGAUAGAAAGGGAUCGGGAUGACCGAAGGAGGAGGCUGCUUUUACGCAUCAAGUGUCUCUACGCUAUCGCUGGCAGCAGCCUACUCAGCUUGCUGAUGCUAGUCUGUUUAUUGCAAAUCAACACCGUGGAUUGGGCGGAUGAGACCUGGAGGCAAUGGAUCUGGAGGCAGGUAUUGAGCCUUGAGGCCUAUUGGAACGAGCGGGUGAAAGGGACUAAGCUCGAGUUAUAG